AUGACCAUAAUGAAGUGGUCAUCAGGAAAAGGUCUAGCUCUCGUUGCCAUCGAAGCCAUGCUCGACCCACGAUGGUCUGGGCUUGCAGACAACGAGCUGGACAACAACAUGCCGAAAAUUGCUGCAAGGCAAGUCAAGAUGAUGGCAACCGGGAAGGUGGAGGGUGGCUACGAGGGCACGGUCAGGAGGAUAGCGACGAAGAUGUUGCAGGCUGGAGGCGGCCACAGGGAAAGGGGAAUGGUGGAUCGUUUGAAGUUGUGGCAGGGGAAGCCGAAGAUGGGGUGGCUUCUGUUGGAUGAUGGUUGGGAUGGAGAUGAGGGCGGAGAGGUGCCGAAGGCGGAAAGGAAGGUCUAUGAUGUGCUCAAGAAGAAGGUGAUUACGAAUGGGAAGAAGGAAAACAACAGGGCUGCCAGUGUUGUUGGUUCGGAAGAGUUGAUGAUCAAGCGAUGUGUGAGAUGUGGGAGACACAAUGAGGACGUGAAUGGAAUGGGUAAGGAGUGGCCUAGGAACGUCGCUGGAUUGAUGAUGCGGUGUAUUUGCGAUGGGUCGUGGGUCGUUGAGCCUUGGUCGACAGCGAUAGAGCACUGA